AUGUCUCUCGCUCGAGCAAGAAAACAAAAUAGUUUUGGGAUUUUCAUUGACACUAGCGACGAUCGCCAUAAUUUUUUACAAUAUUUUAUCCUCAGUGGGUCAGAAGCCAAACCCACCAAAAUAAUAAUAUUAAAUAUUUUUUGAAUGUUCAUAUUCUAAUUAGAUUUUACUAAAUCGAACUGAAACCAGCAAUAGAUCACAAAGGAUCUGGAGACACGGUAAAUGAGCGUCGAAAAAGGUUUCAGAGGAGCCCGAGAAUAGUGGCGCCAAAGCAUAUAUGGAGGGCGUGCUGGCCACGCCAAAGGCCAUGGCGGCCGCUGCUGCUGCUCAGCAGGACCAAGGUCCUUUCGAUGGAGUCUAUGAACCAAAACAUCGUGAAACUGCAGUACGCCGUGCGCGGGCCGCUGGUGACUCGUGCGCUUCAGCUCGAGGCCGAGCUCGCCAAGGGCUCCAAAAAGCCUUUCAAGCAAGUGAUCAAGGCGAACCUCGGUGACUGCCACGCGAUGGGCCAGACACCCAUCACGUUUAUUAGACAGGUGCUGGCGUUGGUCAUCUAUCCUGACCUAAUAUCCUGUAUCAACGUUCCCGACGACGUCAAGAAGAGGGCCCAAGACAUAUUAAACGCAUGCGGAGGCAAGUCGGCGGGCGCAUACACGGGCUCGCACGGCAUCGACAUGAUCCGUAAGAACGUGGCCAACUACAUCAAGAACCGCGACGGGUAUGACUCCGAUUUCAACAAUAUCUGCCUUUCGGGCGGCGCCUCCGCCGCCAUCAAGUAUGUCAUGGAGCUCUUCUGCAACAAUCCGUGCAAGAAAUCAGGCGUUAUGAUCCCGAUCCCUCAAUACCCGCUGUACUCGGCGUCGAUCGCGCAGUUCGGCCUCGAACCGGUGGGCUACUACCUCGACGAGGAUAACAACUGGGCACUUGAUGUGAGCGAGCUGCAGCGUGCGAUUAAAGAGGCCGAGUCUCGCUGCCAAGUUCGGGCCAUCGUCGUCAUUAAUCCAGGGAACCCUACAGGCUCGGUGCUUUCACCCGACAACGUGAAGACAAUAAUAAAGUUCGCGAAGGAGCACAAUUUAUUCAUAUUCGCUGACGAGGUGUACCAAGACAAUGUCUACCCUUCGGAUAUGAAGUUUGUGUCCUUCAAGAAGGUCAUGAUGGAGAUGGGGUCGCCAUUCUCGGAGAUGGAGGUGGCGUCGUUCAUGUCGCUGAGCAAGGGCUACAUGGGCGAGUGCGGGCUGCGCGGUGGCUGGAUGGAGCUGGUGAACAUGGACAAAGACGUACAGGCGCAUCUUUUCAAGGCCAUCAGUUCGAACCUGUGCCCCACCUCACUCGGACAGGCCGGAAUGGACUGCGUCGCGAAGCCGCCGGCGCCGGGCGAGCCGUCGCACGAGCGCUGGCUCGGCGAGAAGAGCGCCGUGCUGGCGUCGCUCAAGAGCCGCGCCAAGCUGGCCGCCGACGCCUUCAACGCCAUGCCCGGGUUCAAGUGCAACGAAGUCAGGGGCGCCAUGUACGCGUUCCCGCGAUUCGAAAUACCGAAAAAGGCGAUCGAGGAAGCAAAAAAGCAAAACAAAGCCGCGGAUGUGUUUUACGCCUUCAAACUAUUAGAGGAGACCGGCAUCUGCGUCGUGGCGGGCUCCGGUUUCGGCCAGAAGCCGGGUACAUAUCAUUUUCGCACUACCAUCUUGCCGCAGCCCAAACUGCUCAAGGAGAUGCUCGACAUUUUCAAGAAUUUCCAGGAGAAGUUCUUAAAAGAGUUCUCGUAGCACUGCGCACUCGCAGAUUCCCGAUCAGCCUGACAGAGGUACAGACACGUCGGUCGACGGAGAUGGCCGGUUUGUAUGAACAAAAAGAGCAUGUUUUUGCAUAAGCUAACUGAGAAUAGUGAACUAAACUAAUAGUGGCCGAGUAGAAUUAACAGUUACAAUAAAGUGGGACAAUGGUCCUACUUUGUUGUAGUUCAAGUUUCUUUUUUAAUAUUUACCAUAGCCAUUUUGUAAUCUGUUGGUACUGUUGCAUUUUUUUAAAAAUUUUUCUAGGAAUAUAAUUAUUAUAAAAUAAGUUUUACAAAAAAAAUAUUAUUUUGCUAAUUCAUCUUUGUCAUCAGAUAAUGAAAGUUAACUUAUUAAA